AUGCAGGGCUAUGCGCGCUUGAACCGCGCCAGCAUCACUAACACCACGGUGCAGGGGAUCUCCGCGAAGCGUUGGCAGAAGUUCCUCACGUCACUGAAGCUCGACGACCCCUUGGAGUUCAACGAGGGCGACGUGGGCCUAUCAGGUGGACUGCAAGUCCUUGAGCCGGCCAACGCGCACAUCGUCACGGAGGUCGCCAAAAGGGGCUGA